AUGUGUAUUUUGGAUUUAUUAACAAAUUCAGAUUCAUCAAAGUCACUCACUCAUAAGUUUCAGCAUUUGUUAGUGCAACGAUAUAAACAUAGUAAAGCUGGUGUUAUUUAUUACAACGAUAAUAUUUCAAUGAUGAAUAGAAGUAAAGUCAAAAACUCACCAAUGUUCAGUAAAAAUUUGGCAACAAAUUUUCAUUUUGAUAGCAGAAAGGAAUGGGAUUUGAAGACAUCAUCAUACGAGUUCUCAUCUGAUGAUAGAGAAAGGUCUUCAAUAGAAGACAAUGAUGGUUAUAUGAGCACGUGUACAUUGUGCACAUCAAGUUUUAGCUUCUGUCAAGCUUCGCAAUGCUCUGAAAGAAGAGUUAAAAAAAUGCAUACGUCUUUCACUAGAUCUAUAACACCAGAAAUUAAUCUGGCUACACUUCGGAAUAAUCAUCAUGACCACUCACAACCGAGCUUCAAUGGAUCCCGGAUGAACUCAUCCAUUGAACAAGAUAACUUGGCGUUGCACUAUGCAAGUGCUCGUGGAUGCUUAGAAUGUGUUCAAUUGAUAAUGGAGUCUUCGCAAGAGAUCAGUGCCAAUACGCAAAUGGAUAACGAUGUAACUCCAUGUUAUCUCGCAGCGCAGGAGGGACACUUAGACGUUUUGAAGUUUCUAGUUGAGUCGGGAGGUUCACUUUAUGUAAGGGCGAAAGAUGGAAUGACAGCAUUACAUGCAGCUAGCCAAAUGAAUCGAUUAGAAGUUUUAAAGUGGAUGGUUGAAGAUCAAGGAGUUGAUCCGAAUCUUAGAGACGGCGAUGGGGCAACUCCAUUACACUUUGCAGCAUCUAGAGGUCAUAUGUCAAUUGUUAAAUGGUUACUGAAUCAUGGCGCGAAACUGUCAUUGGACAAAUAUGGUAAAAGUCCCAUCAACGAUGCAGCCGAAAAUCAACAAACCGAGUGCCUCAACAUUCUCGUUCAGCACAGUAAUGAGUUUAUGACAAACACUAGCAAGCCCAGACAUUCAACACCGAAAGCAGUUGAGAAGAAUGUUUUGCGACGUAAUUCUUUUGUAUCUAAAUGUUCAGCAGCAUCAUCUGAUUCAGAGCCAUUUUAUUUGCAUCCUCCAAAUCAGAAACAGUUAAAGGAUGCACCUUAUCGAAAAUCAUCACCAGAUGGUGGCUAUUAUGGAGCUUUGCCAAAUGAUGGAAUUUUCAUAAAUCCUAUGCGUGCAACAUUUACACCUCCAAGCCCUUCUGAUAGCACUGAAAGUUUUUUCUUGCAUGAUCCGCAAGAAGUUAUUUAUAACAGAGUAAAAGAAAUAUUUGAAUCUGAUACAAGUGUGAAAGAAGAACCAAUGGUACGAAACAAUGCAAUGACAGUACAAGCGGAAAUACAUUCAAGUAGUAGUGGAGCCGCAAGCUGUUCUGAUGAUGAUUUAAGAGAGAAUAUGAAAAGCAAGAAAAUUUAUAAUGCCGAAACAAAAGCUUCUCAUGCAUCAAGCAACAACCACGAUUAUGAAGACAUUUACUUAGUGAGAGAAGAAGCGAAGAUUUCAUCAAAGAAUCUUUACGGUUGUAGAAGUAGAUCUCGAGACAGCGGAUCACAUAGUCGGUCUGCAAGCACAAGUUCAACAAGAAGUCACGAUGUUGUGGUUCAAUCUAAAAGUAUUCAAUUCGAUACAACUGCAAAAGGAUAUGAAAUUCCGAGAAAAAGUAAUGAGAAAAAUUCAAGUGGUCAGAGCUCUCAACAACUCGUUGAUUCAACAUAUGAAAGUGUUGGACCUUCUGAAAGUGUCUAUAUGAGAAAGAAUAGCUUGGAAAGUGAGAAAAAGUUUAAACAUUCAUCACCAAUUGAUGUUCCAAUGCCACCGCCAUUACCACCACCAUUGAAGGGACAUAACUUUAUGAGAAAUGCAAACAGAGAUAGCAGCGACUCUCUUACAGACAGCAUUGACUUUAAUCAAGCUGAAAAUGACACAAGUAACCCUGAAUCAGAUUCGGGACUUGAAGUUAUUGAAGAACCGACAUUACGUCCUAGUGAGCUGGUAAGAGGCAAUAACAAUCGAACGAAUAAGAAAUCCAAGUUUACGAACAGCACUGAAUGUGGUUUAAAUACUACCAAGAAUAAUAAACACAGGCAACAAAAUGAACAAUUGAGAAGCAACACCACCAAAACAUCAAGUAGUGGAAAGGUUCAUCAGCAGCAAAUUGGAGCAUCUUCUUCAGUUGGUUUUGAGCAGCAUUCGAAUCAAGAGCACGAGAGUAUCUAUAACGGAGUUUCGAAUGAUCCGAAUAAGCCCACGUUUCUUAGUCACUUAGUCAACAAGCAGCUUGUUCUUCCAAUCAUUGCUUUUCCCAACAGUGCCGCCAACGAUUCAAAUCAUUUGAUUAAGCCAUCAGAAUAUUUGAAGAGCAUAGGCAGUGACAAACACUCAUCGAGAUCGUCUGAUACAGAAGAUUAUUAUCAAAUCAGCAAUGAACAAGUAGUUCUUGCAACAAUUGAAACGACAACUACGGAAAUAGAUCGAAAUUACAGUGAAAAGAUUCCAGUAGCUCCACCACCACUUCCUGCAAAUUUCUUCAACACAGCCAAUAAUACAGUUACUAGAAACUCGAGUCAGCAAACUCAGUCAGAAUCUACAAUAAGAAAACAUCAACCACUUUCAUCGAUUUCAAUUCAAGAUUUAAACAGCGUUCAGCUCCGACGAACCGAUAAUAAAAUGCUUUCAAAAACGUUUUCAGCACCAACCCGCUCGAUAAGUAUGCAAUGUUUAUCAUCAACAAACGAGCAGUAUUUAUCUCAAAAAACCGAUCUGAUUGCUGAACUUAAAAUGUCAAAAGAUAUUACUGGAAUUAAAAAAAUGAAAGUAGAACGUGCCAAAAUGGAUCGAAAUUCUGAGAUUCCGGAUCGAGAUAGUUUUGGAAACAUAAUUCCUGAUUGGAAACGACAAAUGCUUGCAAAAAAAGCUGCUGAUAAGGCUAAGAAAGAGUUUGAAGAUCGUUUAGCAAGAGAAGCUGAAGAUAGACGAUUAUCAGCUAUUCCGAAGUGGAAGAGAGAUUUAAUAGCACGGAAAGAAGAAGCCGAACAUAAAAUGAAAAGCACAAAUUGCAAUCAACGAAGUGACAACAAUUUAAUGACUGAUACUUGGAGAAUUAAGCAAAGGGCUAUGAGCAUUGAUAACAUCAGCUUUUUAUCACCCCCAAUAUCUCAACCACUUAAUAACAAUGAAUACGAAAGAGAUUUUGAAGUGUCUCCAACUCAAGAAAAUUGCAUGGAAAAUUUAGAAAUCCAAAACGAGCAGGAAAACCAUCAAACGACAACAACACAUCAUGAUGAUGCGGGCAACGAAGAUAAUAAUAUAAUUCCUUGGAAGAAGCUGUUGAGAAAAACAAAUAGUCGUUUGAGUCUUAUAUCUUGAACAUUUUGUAAUUUUCCUUUGAGAUUAUUUAAAGUUUUUAAUAAGCGUUUUUACUAGACAAAAUAUUCCAAGUAUAUCAAAUCUUUUUCUUUAUUAUCUAGCUGAAGUUCAUAAAUAUCCCACUUACUAAAAUAUAUAUGUCGAGUUAUCAAAAGUAUUAUCCGCAUUUUUUACAUAGAAAGCGAUUUUUUUCCCCUCUUCAAUUCAGAUUUAUUAUGACUUAAAAUUAAUCUAAAUCAAUAUGAAAGUUUGCAAUAUUAGUUUUAAUAAUCGGAUAGAAUUAAAAACAUGUUACAUCUAUUCAACAUUACAUUAAAAAGAG